AUGGUAUCCAGGGCUUCUAAGGACUACGAUUACCUGUUCAAGUUGGUGCUCGUCGGGGACAGCGGUGUCGGCAAGUCUUGCGUCCUCCUGCGAUUCGCUGACGACACAUUCACGGACAGCUAUAUCACGACGAUCGGCGUCGAUUUCCGUUUCCGUACCAUCGAGGUCGGCGGGCGCAGGGUGAAGCUCCAGAUCUGGGACACGGCGGGUCAGGAGCGGUUCAGGACGAUAACGAGCGCGUACUACCGCGGCGCGGAUGGUAUAGUAGUGGUGUACGAUAUCACCGACAAGGUACGGUUGUUGGGUGGCCGGCGUGACAGUCCGCAGCUGUCGUUCGAGCAUGUAGAGGCCUGGCUCGCCGAGGUCGACAAGUUCGCGCCCGAGGGGACCCACCGUCUGCUCAUCGGCAACAAAUGCGACCAGGGCCCGUCGAGGGACGUGGACGCAAGCGAUGUAGAGGUUUUUAGUCGCAAGACCGGCAUUCCUCACGUUGAGAUCUCCGCCAAGACCGGCACGAACGUGGAGGAUGCGUUCGUCUCCCUGGCUACGCGGCUGCUCGCCGACAGGCUCCAGCGGCAGCCCGACGGCGGGCAGGACUCCGCCCCGCAGACGAUAUCGCUCAACGACCGCGUGAAAAGUGUUUUCGGCGGCAUCCCCGGCUUCGACAAGGCCUGCUGUGCGUAG